AUUAAUGCCUGCAAAUCAAUCCCAAACCUAGAGAGGCUGGAUUUGGCUAUUUGUUCAGAAUUGAGUUGGUUUGGGAGGAGUCAUAGCUGCUUUUGGGUUUACUUACAGAGGACGAACCUGAGAUCGGUCAUGGCUCGUUGUGCUACGGAACAUCACGGAAUAGAUUCCCGGAAACACUGACUACGGAUUCUGCUCGGUGUCUACUCUUCGCGUGCUGUUAGUAGGAAACGACGUCAAUCGCACUAUUAUUUAACCAAAUUAACUAACGUACAAUGCGAUAGAGGUGCCUGGAGACACGGAUAGAGAUCCAGACAGAUAACCAGAGGGAAAAGUGAGCCAACAGAGCCACAAAUCACACAAAGCUUAGUUAGAUUCGUGUCGAUUCGAACUAAAAAAAAAAAAACUAAGAAUGUCGAAACCUAAUUAUACUGGCAUUUACCACAUGGUUUCCCAGAAUAAUUUUGAAGAAUAUCUGGCGGCUUUGGAUGUUAAUUAUGCAUUAAGGAAAGUCGUCUGCAUUCUGAAACCCAGCAAACAUAUUGAACAUGAUGUGAACACUGGCAAAAUGAAGAUAAAGACAGUCACCACCUUUAAGAACUUCGACAUGGACUUCACUUUGGGACAGGAGUUCACUGAGGACCUGGGAGCAGUCGAUGGGCGAAAGUGCCAGACCACAGUGGACUGGGACGGUGAUAAAUUGGUCUGCGUGCAGAGAGGAGAGAAAGAGGGCAGAGGCUGGACACACUGGUUAGAAGGAAACAUCCUUCAUUUGGAGAUGAGGGCUCAGGGUGUCACUGCCAAGCAAGUCUUUAAGAAGGCUGAGUGAGGAUUGAGAGAGAGAAAUAGAGGGGCCAUUUGCUGGGGGUUUUGAGCUCAGAUUGUUCUUAGAGCUCAGGGCUCAGAAAGAGGCAGUAUUGCCACAGUGAUUUGUUCCUGAUCCGUAACAAACAGCGUUUAAAUGGAAACUACAAAUGAAGAAAUCGGUUCCCUCUCCAUGAAAUGUUGCAGCUUUUAAAGCGCAGUUUUCCCUUCACAGAUGCAAUCAAACCAAAAUGCGAAGAUCAAAUGAGAUCAUGAGAAUAGAGCCCUGUUGCCUUCUUUGAACAUUCGUGAAUGGUACUGUAAAAUAUGGAUCAGGCUGGAUUCAUGGCACCCUAAAAUUAUUAUUUUUUUUUUAGGCAGAUGAUUACAGUAAGCAGAAGUAGUGAUUAAAUCAGCCAUUGGUUUAGCUAGUCAAGUACAGCUUGAAUUAUUGAUUCCUAAAUUAUAUUUGUAUUAUAUUAUAUGUCCGGUUUCCUGCUACUGGAUUGGCAAAUGAUAGAAAUAAUGGAUCUGUGUGAUUUAAAUUUUGAUUAAUUGCAGUAGUCAAACAUUAUCUAAAAGUGCUGAAAUAUGUAUGGUCUGAAUUUUUAUGUCAUGUCAUUGAAUUUGUCCACUCUAGAAUACAACCAUUUAUAUUACCAUCAAA